AUGGCUCCCUUCAUCGAGAGCAUGCUGCUGCUCUCAGCUCUGACUGCAGCCACGGCAAAUAGCAUCAAAUCCACCCAGCCACUCCGGGGCGAGUCAUAUGUUGGCCGUCCCGCCGUGCCCCAUAUCAUGAGACCGAAGACGGUGUAUAAGCCUUACGCCAAAGGCAUCCACCGAGAUUCUGGUAACACACGGUCGGAGGAUUAUCAGGGGCCGCUGGGCAUCAAUCCUAGGGUCGAGGCAUUCAGCAUGGCACCUCCUAUAAACAUCUUCUGGGACGAACAGGGCCGAGUGAUCGCUGCUAAUCAGUGUCGGGAAAAUACUACCUGCAUUGUAUCUCUCAACCCGGAUACGUAUGAAGUCGAGGCGACCUAUCCAGAGCCUGGUCAAUCAUCAGAUCUAUCCCAGUUGUUGAUGGUAUACUUGCAAUUGCUCGACGGCCACGUCACCACUGCGACGACCAAUCGUCACAUUCUUGACCUGGAGGUCGUUGGGGACGGUGCGAAAACCGCAUUUAUCACCAGGCGCGAUAUCGACCUCUCUAAUAUCACGGCACCAAACGAACUCAUUCUCAGCACUGCUUAUGACUCGAUCGGUAACCUCUGGUUCACUACAGGGGGGUUUGCUGGUGCUGGGUUUCCUACCAGGGACACAGCAACCCUUGGAUAUGUGGAACCCAGUGGCAAAGUACACACCCUGAAGCUACCCGGCAAAGUCAUAGAAAACUCCUUCGCGAUCAGCGGAACGAGCGUUUACAUGGUUACAGGGCCAGCUGGGCCAGCUGACCAUGCCGAUGCAAUCGGAUUCUUCUACUGCAUGCAGCCGGGCCCUGGUGGGGUCAAGGUCGUCGCGGAGCUGCCAUACAAGGCUGGGGAUAGCAUCAAGAAAGGCGGCGUAUCUCGCGGCUCUGGUUCAACGCCUUCGCUGCUCGGACAUAAAUACGUGGCCUUCACGGACAAUGCGAACGAUCAGGUCAACUUACUCGUCUACCCACAGGCACCGGCUCUCAACAACGACACCAAGCCGCUGUGCACCGUGCCCCUCUUUGAGAGAGGCUUCAGUGCCAAUGAGAAUGUUGCCGUCAACCACUGGGACGGAGAGUCAACAUAUAGCAUGGUCUUGAGCAAUUUCUACAAUGGACCUCCUGUGGCGCAGCUUCGGGCUCCCCCCUUUGGCGACGGAACCGACACGGAUCCUGCGAUUCUCAAUGGACCCUUCAACGAUCUCAGCGUCAUGAGCCCGGGGCUUGUUCGUGUUGACUUCAAUGAAAAGAUGGGCAAGUGUACUACUCGCUGGUAUAACAAGAACAUCCGAAUCACAAUCACUCCCAUCCUAUCUACCAAGACUGGUCUGCUCUACAUGCCUACCCAGGACUAUGAACUCGCGAAGAAAGGAAGCUAUAUAUACUACAUGAGUGCCAUUGACUUUAACUCCGGCAAGGAGGCAUGGAAAGUCAGGACUGGUGCUGGCGGCACUUUUAGCAAUCAUUUUCAGCCACCUGUGCUAACCAAGGAUGGAGGUGCUGGUGGAUACGUCAUUGGUGGCUUUGUCAAAGUUAAGGAUGGCAGCAAGCCCUAA